AAAUUAAAUAAUUGAAUUUCAUUUACUCAACUUUUUCACUUUCAAUUAUUUAAUAUGUAGAUUAUACUAUUUCGAGAUGCAAAAAGAGGAUUCGGUGAUCGAGCAGCGAUUGCUUCGAGGUCAGAAAUGGUUCCCGCUGAAUGGUGGUUCAUGUAUGGAAAUCACACUCCUACAUUAAGAAGGUUGGCCAUCAAGGCUUUAUCGCAAACUGCAUCAUCUUCAGCUUGUGAGAGAAAUUGGAGCACGUUUGCCUUAAUUCAUACAAAACAAAGAAAUCGGCUUGCUUACCCGAUGCUCCAACAAUUAGUUUUCUAUUAUUAUAACAUGAAACUAAAGAUACGUGACAUGGAAGCAGAACAUGACAAAGUUGCAGAGAAAGAUUACCUCGAUUUACUUGACAUUGCAACUGAGGUUGGUGAAGAAGAAGAUAACCAAUUGUUUCAAUGGGUUAGACCUCUUCAUUUAGAUGAUGAAGAUGGAAAUCCCGACCCACGAAUUGCCGCACAUGUCCGAGAAGCAGGUGUUGAUGUUGAUUGAGUGUUAUCCGAAGAAGUUCAUACUGAUAGUUUCAGCCAAGACACGAGAUAUUCAUUUUGACAAGGAAUUUCUCAGCCGGCAGUCACUUCUCGACCUUCUUUUGACUCCACGAGUGUUGAACAUAGUAGUAGACCUAGUGCUACUGGUACUUUCGCCUCCGCUUCCGGUUAUGAUGGUUCAAGAGAAGAGGGGACCAAUGAUGGUAGCGACCUUGGAAAUGAUGAAGGGGAUGUUAGACAACAACAACAAAGUGGACAACCAUUGGCAUUUACUUGUGAAGAUGAUUUCACACAUUGUACUCAAGAUGAAGACCACGGCUCUAGAAGAGCCGGUCCAGGUGUUGGAGCCAUUGGAAAGCCAUAUAGAGGAAGACAACGAAGGAUGAUGUUGUACAACGAGGACUCAUUGUCGGCCAGUUUUGAGUCGAUGAGUGUAGAGACUCAAUUCAGUGAUUCAUCAAACGAAGCCAACAUUUAUGCCCCUUAUGCAAUGAGUUAUGGUCAGCCUCCUCAAAAUCUUUCAAGUUCCACUGAUGAAGAGUAUGAAAGGUAUAACUAUCCUUCUUCCACACAAAUGCCAUACUACCUUCCACAUCAGUUGCAACAACAAGGAUUUCAAACGAGCACAUGGGAAAACCUUGGAUUUCCUAUCCAUGGACAAGUUGUUGGUAGACUCAAGAAAUUUAUGCAUGGCAUGUUCGUACAUACAAUCAAUACUAUCGAAACUCCAUGUCCUGGUAUGAAUAUUGUCUUCAACAAGAUGGGCUCCCUUCAUCUAACAAUAACAAUAUGAUGGAACCACAUCGAUCUUCAUUUUGGUAUUAAGGACCAUUGCAAUGUCAUAUGUAUUAUGUUUAUGUGUAAAUUGUUUUCAUUUAAUAAAAUCAAAUAUUUCUUAACUCAAUUCUAACUUUCUAAGUGUACAAUUCCAAAUUUCAUAUUUUCUAUUCUUAAAAUCCAAGUAUCGUAAACUAUU